AUGGCAGUCAUGAUUUUUUUGGAAGAAGAGCGAACCGAUAUUCGAGUAAUUCUGUGCGACAACUCACCAGGUUUGCUUGCUUUUUUCUGUUGUGAUGUUAGAAGCUCCGAUAUAGCUGCUAUACUUUCUCUUCCAGUAAAUGGCGUCACUCCAAAGCGUCCUGAUGAGUUCUUCCUUGCCAGCAUAGCCGACGACAGCACCGCUGCCUUUGCCACUAAAAAACUGAAUUUAAUAAGGAAGGACGUCGUCUGUGGCUCACUGGUUAACUAUUUUACUGUCAAAGACAUCUGGAAAAGUGAAAACGAAGUUUUCGAAUUUAUUCAUGUUUUUAGCUGA